CCGCGCAGCCCCUCGCCGCCGACUCCUGGAGGAACCUCAUCGAGCACAUCGGGCUCUUGUAUCAGGAAUAUCGAGAUAAAUCUACACGCGAGGAGAUUGAAACCAGGCGGCUGCAGGACUCUCAGACAGAGCCGGAGGAGAAUUCAGCCAGUGAGGAGACUACAUCCGAAACAGAAGCUGCAAGUACACCCGAAAGCAAAGCAGCCCCUCAGAUCAGUUUGCUGAGGAACUCCACGUCCCGCUUCAACUUAUGGCAGGAUCUUCCUGAGAUCCGGAGCAGCGGGGUCCUUAGCAUCCUCCAGCCAGAUGAGAUCAAGCUUCAGGAGGCCAUGUUUGAGCUGGUUACGUCCGAAGCCUCCUACUACAAGAGUCUGAACCUGCUGGUGUCUCACUUCAUGGAGAAUGAGCGCCUGAAAAAGAUCUUACAUCAGUCCGAGGCUCACAUCCUCUUCUCCAACGUGCUCGACGUCAUGGCUGUUAGCGAACGGUUCCUGUUGGAUCUGGAGCAGCGGGUGGAGGAGAAUAUUGUGAUCUCAGAUGUGUGUGACAUUGUCCACCAGCAUACAGUUAAUCACUUCUCCGUGUACAUCACCUACGUCUCCAACCAGACCUACCAGGAGAGAGCUUACAAGCAGCUUCUCCAGGACAAGCCAGCUUUCCGGGAAGUGAUAUCACAGCUGGAGCUGGAUCCCAAAUGCAAAGGCCUCUCCUUUUCUUCCUUCCUGAUUCUGCCAUUUCAAAGGAUCACUCGGCUCAAGCUGCUAGUGCAGAACAUUUUGAAGAAAGUGGAAGAGAAGUCUGAGAGGGAGUCCACUGCCCUGGAUGCACAUAAGGAGCUGGAAACAGUGGUGAAAGCGUGUAACGAAGGGGUCAGGAAGAUGAGCCGAACAGAGCAGAUGAUCAGCAUCCAGAAGAAACUGGAAUUUAAGAUCAAGUCGGUGCCCAUCAUCUCGCACUCCCGCUGGCUCCUGAAGCAGGGGGAACUGCAGCAGAUGAAUGGUCCAAAGACAUCACGCACGCUCCGUACCAAGAAACUCUUCAGGGAAAUCUACCUGUUCCUUUUCAAUGACCUGCUGGUAAUUUGCAGGCAAAUUCCUGGGGACAAGUACCAAGUGUUUGACUCCGCGCCCAGGGGACUCCUGAGGGUGGAAGAGUUAGAAGACCAGGGGCAGAGCUUGGCCAAUGUCUUCAUCUUGAGGCUGCUGGAGAAUGCGGACGACCGGGAGGUCAGCUACAUGCUGAAGGCAUCGUCCCAGAGCGAGAUGAAACGCUGGAUGAUUUCGCUAGCCCCAAACCGGAGAACCAAGUUUGUUUCAUUUACCUCCAGACUCGUUGACUGCCCGCAGAUCCAGUGCGUCCACCCCUACAUGGCCCAGGAGCCAGACGAGCUGUCCUUGGAGCUGGCUGACGUCCUCAACAUCCUGGACAAGACGGAUGACGGUUGGAUAUUCGGGGAGCGCCUGCAUGACCAGGAGAGGGGCUGGUUCCCCAGUUCUAUGGGGGAGGAGAUCCUGAACCCCAAAAUCCGAGCGCAGAACUUGAAGGAGUGCUUCCGGGUGCACAAGUCGGACGACAGUCAGCGGAGGAAACUGGGCAGCCGAAAUCGCCAAUGACCGACGGCGCCCACGAG